AUGUCUUCUUUUGAGCCGUCACUCUCUACCAGCGCUAUGCGACCGCCGUUGGCUUCUGCGGAGGCCCCCUCUAUGGCGGAUUCGCUUCCCAGCAUCAACUUUGGAUUCGACGAUCUGCGGAGUCGAAUGGCGCAAUUCACGGCCAAAUUCGAUGCAUUUAUUGAAAGGGGGCGAAAGCAGGUGCUACAGGAGCGCAAUCAGUUCCACAGCAACUUGGCCGAGCUUCAAAAGGAUCAGGACAUGAAGCAGAAUGAUAUCAAAAUACUUACAUCAAAGACCCAAGACCACCAGCAAAUGAUCCAGAGGGAAGCCGCCGAGGGCGCAGAAAUUCAUGCACAUAUUUCCUCAAUCACACUUGAACGUGACAACCGACUAGCGAAACGAGAUAGACUGAAGCGACAAAUUGCGGAAACACAGAAUGCUAUUGAUCAAAAACUGCAAGCGCAAAAGGCACAUUCUCAGUAUCUCGACUCACAGGCGCGGCUGAAUGUUCCCGAAUUAGAAUUCUGGCAGGAUUACCUUUGUAUGCGAAUAGAAGGCGCCGGCAGAGAAGAUCGCCUCAAGAUAGUAUACACGCAUCUUGUUGAGAAAGAUUGGGAAAAGGAAGCAUGGUUCGAAUUGAGCACUGCUUCUAGAGACUAUGAGAUUCAUCACACAAAGCCCAAGUUAGACAGGGCCGCGGUCGAACGCGAAUUGGAAAUUGUCAACGAAGAUCGAGACUUCGGGGCGUUGCUCAAAAGAAUGCGUCGACUUUUUGUUGAGACGAUGAAGUGA